CUUCAUGAAUCGGGAUGUUACGCUUGUAACAGGCAUACCACAGGUUCAGUUAGCAGUGUAGCUGCGUGAUUUUUUUGCGUGUUGAACCAAACUAACGACACUUCUCGCCGGGACACUUGUGUUUUGAAGCCGUUCAUCAGUUUUAGCAGCAGCGGCACAAACAUCAUCAUGGCAGCGGAGUGCGAUGUGCUGUCUGAAAUCGAGGUGCUGCAGUCGAUCUAUCUGGAUGAACUGCUGGUCGAAAGGAAAGAAGACGGGUGCUGGGAGGUGAGCCUGGUCCUGUACCCGUCCACAGCUCAGGACUCUGUCUCCCAGUUUGUGCGACUCACGCUGACUCUGACCCUCGAUCAGCAGUAUCCGUUGUCUUCUCCGGACAUCUCCAUUCACAACCCACGGGGACUCUCUGACGACAAGAUCAGCAGUGUCCAGAGGUGUCUUCAGCUGGAGGCUCAGUCCUGUCUGGGCUCAGCUGUGUUGUAUCAGCUCAUUGAGAAAGCUAAAGAAAUCCUCACUGAAAGCAAUAUUCCUCAUGGAAACUGUGUCAUCUGCCUCUAUGGUUUUAAGGAGGGAGAGACGUUCACUAAGACCAGCUGCUAUCACUACUUCCACUCCCACUGCCUCGGCCGCUACGCCAGCCACUCGGAGAGGGAGCUCCGGCAGAGGGAGAAGGAGUUGGAGGAGGACAAGACGAGGGAGAGAUCAGAGCACGAGGAGCUGACGGUGGUGUGUCCCGUGUGCAGAGAGCCUCUAACGUAUGAUGUGGACCAGCUCCUGUCCUCCCCGGCCCCCCAGCUGCCCGAGCAGGAUGAAGCAGCGAUUGAUUCCACUUUCCAACAGAAGUGGUGUGAGCUGCAGAAACUGUUGGAGAUCCAGCGGUCUAAAGGUGGGAUCAUCGACCCGGAGGUGGAGUCCAACCGCUUCCUCAUCCACACCAGCGAGACUCCAUCUGCUGCUGAAAACGAAAACCUGGACCCAGACGUGUCUGCCGGUCCCCCUGUGCCCUCUGCUUCCAACGUCUCAUCUUAUGGAGUCAGAGCUGAUCCGUUUGUUCCUGGACUGUCCCACUGCAGGGGCGGGCAGGGCCCGAGGCGCCACAGCCAGGUGAGGGGGCCUAGGAGGGGGGGCGGGUCCAGACCCCAACACCGCAGAGCCGCCCCCAUCACAGAGCACCUGGACAAACUGUCUCUGUCCUCAGACGCCACUGAAGGACCUUUUACAGCCAAAGCUCAAGGGAACCAGCAGGCGCACGUCGAUGCAGAAUCCUGUCGGUCUGAGACGGGCGGGGGGGUCCACAGUGGUCAGGAGACCCUGGUGUCUCCAGAUGAGCCGGGGGGCCAGGCUACCAUGGAAACUGAGUGCCCAAAAGAUGCUGCAGGCGGUCAGGGCCACCGGGGCAGGAGGAGGGGGCCUCACCGGUCCUUCCCAGACAGCGGGGCCCCCGGGCGCUACCACUGGGACGGGCGAGCCUCCAGGAGCAGGGGGGGGCCCGGUAACCUGUACAGCAGAGGAGGGGGGCCCCGCCGGGGUCACGGCAGGGGCUUCCAGCACAAAGUGGUGGAGCGAGAGAGGGCCAGAGAGGAGGUGCUAUGACAAAGGGCACCAGGAGGGCCAAUGAACAAACUUCCGUGUGCCUCCAGUAGAUUAAAGCCCUGCAGCAGGAGCAGCACCUCCUCCUGCUCCAUGCACACUCACAUCACACACACAUGGUUGUUGCUUUCUGUUGUGCUGCAAUAUGACUUGAAGGAACUACAAAUUAAAUUUUCUGUGGAUGUCGGAGUGUUACAGUG